CCAAGGCAACAUAUAGAAUACACAUUUGCAACUUUCUAUGCUGAUACUCGUAUGAGAUUUUUUACCUGUCAGGUUAGUUGUCAACCUCUCAUAAUUGAUUAAUUCAAAGUUCAAAAUCCGAAAUAGAUUACUUAUUAAUUUUAUUGUUAUAAUUUCACACUUUACAUAAUUAGAAGCAGUAUGAAUUGUUAAGAGCGACAUUGUCUCAUUCAUUGAGCGGAAAUUCUUAGUUAUUCAGCUUGAAGUCCUGAUUAGUGAUUACCUACCGAAAUUGUAAAUAGGAAAUCAGUUUUCUCCAAAUUUGCAGCAGCAAUGGACAAGAAUAUUGUUAAAGGAGAUGAAAUAGAAUUAGACAUAGAAUCAAAUUUAGGACAGUUGACUUAUUUACUACUGCAGACUUACGAAGAGAAUGUUAUUCAAAUUGAUGCUAUUACUGGAGAGGAAUUAACUGGGGGAAUUAUACUGAAAAGAGCUAUCAGAGUAGCGAAUCACUUCAAGAAGUAUGGGAUAGGCUUAGGGGACUCUGUUUCUGUUAUGAGCGAGAAUAGACUAGAAUUCGUUGCAGUCCCAGUAGCAGCAUUUCUUGUAGGGGCUUCAUUCGCUCCUUUAAAUCCUGAAUAUACACCAGAUGAACUGAGACAUGUGUUGAAUUUAUCAAAACCAAAAAUCAUAUUUUCAUCAGCCCAGACCAUUCAGAAGCUAAUUGAAAUUAGGAAAGAUCAUCCAUAUAUUAAACAACUUUUAUUAUUUGGUAGUAAUGAAAUCAAUAGUUCUUUUAUAGGCUUCGAUACAAUAAUUAAAGGCUGUGAAAAUGAUGAAAUGCAAUUCGAAGUUGAACCAUACUGUUCUAAAGAAACUGUUGCAACAGUACUAUGCUCAUCUGGAACAACUGGUAUGCCUAAAGGUGUUAUGUGUACACACUACAAUAUGAUAUCUUUCAUUGAAAUUGCUAGGGCAAUAUUCAGUAGAAUGUUGGACGAUUUCACAGAAGGCCACAGCAAUGUUGUUGGAAUUAUUCCUUUUUUUCAUUCGUUUGGCUUCAUGACUAUGUAUCUCAAUAUUUUGCGAGGUUCUACCAUGGUAGUCUUCAGUAAAUUCAAGCCAAAGAUAUUUAUGGAUGCUAUUGUAAAACAUAAGAUAAGUCGACUUCUGGUGCCACCACCAAUACUACUCUUCCUAAUCAAGCAUCCUCUUGCUCAAAAGUACGACCUUUCAUUUUUGAAAGAAAUCUUGGCUGGCGCUGCUCCUUUAUCGAAAGAAACUGAAAUGGAACUCAAGAAAAAGUUCAAGGUACGACAUGUAGGACAAGGUUAUGGAAUGACAGAGACAACUUUUGGGGUUAUGACAAAUCCUUUUGAUAAGUCAAAAUCUGGUUCUGUGGGCAUUCUUGUACCAGGAAUGAUGGCAAAGAUUAUAGACGAACAAGGUAACGCUCUGGGACCUAAUCAAGAAGGAGAGCUCUGCUUAAAAGGGCCACUCAUCAUGAAGGGGUACAUUAAUGAUGAAGCAGCUACAAAUAAUUGUAUCGAUAAAGAUGAGUGGCUACAUACAGGAGAUGUUGCCUACUACGAUGAUGAAAAAUAUUUCUUUAUUGUUGAUCGUAUAAAAGAACUAAUCAAAUACAAAGCUUACCAAGUAGCACCAGCAGAGUUGGAAGCUCUGUUGCUCACCCAUCCAGCCGUUGCAGAUGUGGCAGUUAUAGGACUACCUGAUGAGAAUGCAGGGGAGCUGCCAUUCGCGUUUGUUGUUACUAAAGAAGGUGCCACUGUAUCAGAAGAAGAGUUGAAGGAGCUGGUGGCAAGUAAGCUCUCAUCACAGAAAAAAUUACGUGGAGGUGUUAGAUUUGUCAAAGAAAUUCUAAGAAAUCCCAGUGGAAAAAUUUUGCGACGUGUUUUGAAACAACAAGCUAUUGCUUACACUAAAUCAAAGCUUUAGACAGAUUUUUAUCAGUUGAACUGGUUUUCUUAAUGGGUAUACUCUUUGUUCAAAGACAUGGCAUUUUUACAAGUGUAAAUUUCUUUCUAUCACUUAGAUUCAAUACUGUUGUGUUGAUAUCAUGUUGAAGUGAUUCAACGUUAUAUUUCUUAAUUCUCGUGAUUCUAUACAAAACAUCAACAGAAAAGAUAUUCAAAUAUUGUUUUAGAUUAUUUAAAUGAGAUAGAUCAAGUUGAAACUCAGUUGGUUGUUAAUUUUUCCUCAUUUUUAUUUUGGUGUAUAAGUUUUUUAAUUCUUAUGAUUAUUGAGUUUUCCUCAAGUUCUCACAUAUGCAUUAAGAAUUUCGAGUCUUAUAUGCUCAAAAGCGAUCCAUAAAUAAGUUUUUUUGUUAAUUAAUUAUUUUAAAUUUUAUUUGGGUAGGUAAUUUGAUAGUCAAAUGAUAUAAUGUGAUGGCAAUAUAUUGAGCUCAUUUUACUUUGUACAGUAUUUAUAUUAUUGAAGAACUUGUUUUUGUAUAAGAAUAAUUGUGAAAGUUGCUAAUCUGAUACGUAAUUUUUAAAAAUGGGAAGUCCUACAUAAAAGCUUAUUAUUAUGAUAUCAAUUCGUGAUAAACCUAGAGUGGAUUUAAAAGUUAUUGAGUAAUAAUGAGUAGUUUUAAGUAAAAUUACUUAUUUCGAACAAACUCUCAUGUAUUUCAGGUCCACCAAUCACCUCUUUCCAACUCAACUGUCUCAAUAAGGUAUUAAAAUAUAACAUGUUUAUCUCAUUCAGUUAAAAACAUUAUGUAUGUCCCUAAGUGAGUUGUUUUAUUAAUUUGAAAUUUGAUUAUUUCUACUUUGUUAAUUGUGAUAUUUUUAUUGUAUACUUGAUUUCAUAUUUCCCCCAUGUUUUGUUUUAUUAAUAAAGUUUUUUCAUUUUUA